AGCAAGAAAGCUGAACUACGAUUGCAAUAUGAACCGAGAGAUGACCCAGAUAAUACUUUUGGCAUAUUUUGUAAGAAUGAUCUCCUACGAGCGGAAUGCAGAGUUGAUUCUCAAGUGGGUGGCACCAUGCUAUCUGAACCUGUUAUGGUUGUUGAUAAUGGUGAUUCUUCUCCUCUUGUUAAUGAUGUUGCAUCAAAAGAGCAGAUAAUUGCUAAGAAUAAUCAUAGUAAUGAUACGGAAUCAAAGGAAGACAAGACAUCUGAAUCAUUACAAACAAAAAUUGUGGACCAGGGUGAUGACUUAUCAGAGACUUCCAUGGUGGAAUCUAUAUCUGGAAUGUACAUAUCUCCUGACGAUGUUGUUGGGAUAAUAGGUCAAAAACAUUUCUGGAAUGCCAGAAGAGCUAUUGCCAACCAGCAAAGAGCAUUUGCGGUUCAAGUUUUUGAGUUGCAUCGUCUAAUAAAGGUCCAGAGACUAAUAGCUGGUUCACAAAGCAUGCUUGAAGAUGGUGCUGAUUUAAGCAAAGCUGUAAAGGAUUCAUCUGCUAAAAGACUUCCAUUGGAGUAUAUCGUCGGAGAUGGUCACAAGAGGAAGAAUUUUGAGAAGCCAAACACUAGGGUGGAAUGUUCUGCUGAAAAUACAGUAGGCAAACCUGUGAAGGAUUCAUCUGCUAAAAGACUUCCGCUGGAGUAUAUUGUCAGAGAUGGUCACAAUGUUUCGAAGCAAAGGAAGGAUUUGGAGAGGCCUAACAUUAGUAUGGAAUGUUCGGCUGAAAACACGGUGGGAAAGGCAUCCUUCUCUUCUGUGCAAAAUAAUAGCCAGCCUUCUAGCUACAGUCUGUUUUCAGGUCACCCAAUAACAAAUGACUCCACUAUGGGUCCUUGGAGCUUCAAUCAACCCUCAGGGUACCAAUGGUUGAUCCCAGUCAUGACUCCCUCCGAAGGACUAGUAUACAAGCCAUAUCCUAGAUCCGGAGUCACGAGUUCAAUCUGUGGAGGUUAUGGACCCCCAGGAUCGACUCCGAUAAUAGGAAACCGUUCAGCUCCAUCUUAUGGAAUUCCAGCUUCUCAUCAUCAGUAUCCCAGAUGUGAAGUCUCAUUCCUCUAGAGAUGCUGAGAUGCAGGCCAGCACUGCAAGCAGUCCAAGUGGAACAGCUAACAAAAUAAUUGUGGAUAACGCCACAGAGCAAAGAAAUGUUCCUAGUCGUCAUGCUAGAGUCAUCAAAGUCGUACCUCGUAAUGUAAGGUCUGCCACAGAAUCCGCUGCUCGGAUUUUUCAGUCUAUUCAAGAAGAGAGAAAACAAUACGACUCUGGUGUCAAUCAUCUAUAGACAAUAGUUAUCGAGUAAUUAAUGUGACCAUUAGUUCAUUAUGAUGUGUUUAUGAUUAAUUUCUUGUAACCUUUUGGAUAACAAUAUUGUAACUGGAACUUAUUGUGUGAGCCAUUUUGUAAAUAACAUACUUAUAAUUAUAUCA